GUGUCACUAUAUUAAAUUCGAAGGGAUUACUGAAUUUCGUGUCAGAAAUUGCGUUAUGUGAUAAACAAAUUGUUGUAAAUCAGUUUUCUGCUUCUAAACAGAAAGGUUUUAACACUAUAUAGCAAAUAUGGCCGAAAGUUCAGACGUAUCUGCCAGUCCAUCAACAAAACCAGCAAAUAAACUUGACUCUAAAUCUAAAGAGGAACUGAUUAUUCUAGUAAAAAAGCAGUUACUUCAGAGUCAAAAGCUGAAGCAACAAAUUACAGACCUAAAUGGUAAAGUUACUGAACUUUCAAAUUCGGGAAAAGAUUGUGAAAAGUGUCAUGAUUUGAAUAGUAAUUUGCAGACUUAUAAAGCUGAAAAUUCGAGAUUAAAUGAAAUGAUUGAAUGUACGAAAAUGAAAGAAGAAGGAAUGAAAUCGACUUUCGAAUGUUUAAAUAAAGAGAUUAACGAACUGAAACUCAAAUUUAAGAACGCCGAAGCCGAAAACGAUGUUCUUAAAUCGGCACGUGAUGAUGCUAUAUCGGCGUGUAAGAUGGUUAAAGAUUCACUGAAAUCCGAAAUGGAAGAACUGAAGCAAGAAAAUAAUAGGCUAAAUCUGAAUUUACAAAAUAUUGAUAAAAAUACUGAUAUUAUCGAAAAUUUUGAAGCGGAAUGUGAAGAAAAUAGAAAAACCAUUGAAAGCCUAACGAAAGAAAAAAAUUCUUUUAUGGAAAGCUUAAAAAUACGUGAAAACGAGGCGAGAGAAAAUGAUGAGAAACACUUAAAUGAGAUUCUGCAACUUCAAAAGCAAAUAAAGAUAAUUGAAUCAGAGAGAGAAGAAUUUAAAAGUAAACUAGCAGAAUCUAAUUCUCCUGAGUCACAGCCUGAAUUAGAAAAAAUUAAGCAAGAUAAAAUUCUACUAGCAAAAGAAUUACAAAGAGUUCGAAAUCAAUUAUAUGAAUGGGAAAAGCUUUUGGAACUAGAAAGAUUUGAUAAGGACAGAGCGUAUGAAGAACUGCUGGAUUUGGAGAGAAAAGAAGACGAGAGCUUUCAUCAAUUAGAUGAUCUAAAUAGCGCUUUACAGGAAGCGCUCCAAGAAAGGGAUAAUUUAAGAGAAAAUCUUCUCAAGUUAAGAGAACAACAUGAAUCGGAUAGUACCAUUGAUUUACAAUGCCAAGUGGGAACUUUAAAAAAUGAACUUGAUAAGUUUCAGAAUAAAGUUGGACAGUUAAGUAAAGAAUUGGAAAAGAGAGAAAUCGCUUACGUUAAAAUUAAAGACGAACUUCAGAAUUCUGAAAGACAAAAUGAUGAAAUGAAAGAAAUUGUUAAAGUUGUCAAAAAUCAACAAUAUUCUCUUAUUCAACAAAACAAACAUCUCCACGAUGAAUUGAGAAACUUAAAUGAUUCUCAUCAAUCUAGAAUUAGCGAAUUAAUUGAAAAAUAUAACAUAAUGAAAAGCCAAUACUCGGAAAAUACAGAUAGAAAUUCUUGCCAACUGAAUAUGGAAUUGACUGGUCAAUUAACUAAGAUAAAUUCUAUUAGUCGAGAAUUAAAGUCAGCUUUAGAGGAUAAAGCGACAGAAUUGACUGAUUUAAAACAAACGCUGAUUAUUCUUCAAACGGAAAUGAAACGUCUAGAAGAAGAAAACAUUCAAUUAAAAUCUUUCCCAGAACAGACAGAACAAAUGAAGAUUAAAUCAAUAUAUGAGUCUGAUGAAGAGAAAAUCGAUCUAAGUGCCGAACUGAAUGCUCUUAAUGAAGCUCUGAGUCAAAUUAAAACUGAGAGUUUGGACUUGAAAGUUGAAGUUGAAAAGUUGCAAGAUGAGAAUAAUAAACAGAAGGAAAUGUUAACAGUAGAGCUGAAGAAAGUUAAAGACCAGUACGAAUCUUUCAAGGAAAGUACUGGCAAUGAAUUUGAAAGUACUAAAUUGGCGCAUGAACGUACGAUUCAAGAGUUGGAGCAAACUAAAAAUCAAAUACAGAAUUUACAAUCAACCAAAGAAGAGUGUGUGUCACAAAUAGCAGCUAAGGACGAAUUAUUACAAAACAUUAAAGCUCAAUACGAAGAUGUAUUGGCUGAGUAUACAUCGCUGAAAAAUUCCACAGAUAUAUCCACAGGUGAUUCAAAAUCGAUAAAUUUCCAAGAAGAGAUUGAAUCACUGAAGAAGGAAAUUAUAUCUCUUCAUGAAUCUUUACAAGUAAAGGAUCAUGAUUGCAAAAAAAUUAAGGAGGACUAUGAUAACUUGAAAGCAAAAAAAGAUACAAACUUAAUAGAAGCUGAGGAUGCUAUGAUAUCUCAUUUGAAAAAGCAACUAAUUGAAUGUGGUGCUCAAACUGAGUUAGAGUUUAUUUUAGGAAAAGAAGAAUCCUCAGAAGAUAAUAGGGAAAAUGUUGAUAUACUAUUACAGGAAAAAGAACUAGAAAUUAUAAAAUAUAAAACAACCAUAGAUGAGUGUGAAAAAUUAAUAGAAAACUUAGAAAGUAAAAUAGAGGAAAGCAAGCAGAAAGAAACUUGUACAAUAGAACAGCUCGAAUCUUUAAAAAAUUCCAACUCUCAGCAAAGAGAGUGUCUGGAAAACAUGACAACUGUGAUAAAUGAAUUAGAUAUAUCAUUAAAAGACAGGCAAAGUGAAGUAGCAAUUCUUAAUGAGAAAUUGUCUGAACUAAAUGUUAGGAUGGUCGAGAAGGAGUCCCUCCAAAAUGCUUUAAAAGCACUUUCUCAAGAAACAGAGGAAUUAAAGUGUAAAUUAAAAAUAAGCGAAGAAAUGCUCGUUAAAUCCUCCAAUAAUAACGAAAAACUGGUUGCUCAAAUAACUGAUUUAGAAAAUAAAAAUUAUGACAAAACAAUUUCAGAUUUAGCCGCUCAAUUGAAAGAAAUUGAAGAGAAAUUUACUGAAGAAAGUCAAGCUAAUCAUCACUUGAAAGAGGAUCUCAAUCGUCAAAGAGAAUCACAAGAAGAGAAAACAGCUAAUAUUAAAGAAUAUCUCGCCAAAAUAGACAAUUUGGAACAAUUAAACAAAAGUUUAGAAGAGCAAAUAAACCAAUUUAAAGCUAAAGAAUAUGAAAAAAACAACGAAGAAUUGUAUAAUAAAUUAAACAAUACAAACGUACAAUUAACUGCAGCUUUAAAGAACAACGAAUUGUUAAAAGAAGAAAUAUCGUUUUUUACUGAAAAAGAAUAUGAAAAAUCUAUAGAAAAGCUAAAUCAAGAUCUUAAAGAAGCCAAUCAAGAUCUAAUAGCUUCGAAUAAAAACAAUGAUUUGUUAAAGGAACAAAUAGACCAAUUGGAGAAUUUAUUAGGAAGUAAGAAAGAGUUGGCUUCACAAGAAAUUAUUUCUUUAAUUAAUGAAAAUUCCGAUUUAAGAGCUUCUUUAGAAAAACUACGAGCAGAUGUAGAUAGCUUAAGGAUAGAAAACGAAAGUAUUUCGGAAAAAUUGUCAAAAUCAAAGGCGGAAGGAAAGGAAAAUGUUGACAAAUGUUUUAAAUUUAAACAAAUUGCUUUAAAAUCCAAAAAAGAGUGUAACGAAAUAAAAAUCAAAGUAGAAAGUUUAGAAAAUGACAAAGAAAACGCUGUUAGCCAAUUAGAAUCAUUAAACCAGACCUUUUCUCAACUGAAAAAAGAAAAAGAAUCUCUAGAGAUUAUCGGCAAAGAACUAAACAAUGAAAUUGAAGAUUUGAAAGAUCUUAAUCUAAAAUUGAAGAACGAAAAUAAAGAUAUAAUAAAUUCCCUAUCUUCUUCAACAGCUGAUAGAGAGAAAGCUGAUAGUGAAAUUAAUUCUUUAAAAGAUGUUAUUUCUAAUUUGGAAAAGGGUUGCAACGAAGCAAAAGAACUAAAAAGUAAUAUAUCCAAAAUGAAAAAUGACAAUGAUGAAAUGAAAUUUAAACUAGAAAAUUCGGAGAGAGAGAAAGAGAAAGUUAAUAAUGAAGUUAUUACCCUUAAAGGUCAAUUAUCCAGCAUGGAAAAAGAAAAGAAUGAAUUACAAAAAACUCGAGAAGAUUAUGCCAAUGAAAUCGUUUCGUUAAAGAAAGUAGCCAGCAAGAAUUCUAUGCUAGAUUUGGAAUUCGCUGAUUAUGAAAGAACUAUUGAAACACUAAACAAAUCUAUCGAAGAGAAGGUAAAAGAGAAUGAAAAUUUACAAGCGGAAGUUGAAAGGCGAGAAUCUUUGGUAGAGUCACUAAAAAAGGAAAUAGAGAGCUCUGAAAGUCAGACAAAAUCAGCAGAGGACAGAAUGUUAAAAUUGAAGCAGUUACUAAAAAAAAUCAAAAAAGAGUUAACUGAUUCUAGACAGUCGGAAAUGAACUUGAAAAAAAGAGAGGCUGAACUCCAAAUAGACGUUGAAAGAUUAGUGAGCCAAAACGAAAAGAGUAAAUUGGAUUUAUCAAACUCAUUGUCUGCCAAACAAAAAAUAGAAGAUAGACUUGAAAAGUCUAACGAACAGUUACAAAAGACAAUCAAAUCAUUGGAAUCCCGAAUGAGACAUUUGAAUGAAGAUUUGGAAUUAAGUAAGAAUGAGCUUGAAACUGUUCAAUCAGAAUAUGAAAGUUACAAAGUCAAGGUAAAAAGUGUGUUAACUAGGCAAUCGAAACCAGAUACAGCGUUUCAGACUAAAAUGGAAGAGUUAAAAGAAGAAAAAUCAAAUCUAGAAUCAAAUGUUGAAAAUUUGAGGGCUAAAGUUAGAGAAUUAAAAGAGCAAAUAAUGACUGUUCAGUCAGAAAGUGAACAUCUCGAAGAUGAAAACAGAAGAAUAAUGCAGCGAAAUAAUAAAUUACAACGAGAUCUUAAAACUAAAGAAACAGAAUUCAGAGAAAGAUUUGAAGAUCUGCAACAGUCAAAGAAUGAGCAUUUCGAAUCAGUUAAACAAUUAACAGUUCAGAAUGAAAACCUUUCGAAAACUUUUAAAGAUCAAAUGAAAAGUGUUCAAGAUGAACAUAGAAAGGCUCUUUGCAUGUUACAACAGCAAUUGGAUAAUUCACAUUCGGAGAAUAAACAAAUUCAAACAGAACUACACAAAGUUAGGAACCUAUUAGCUGAUGGAUCUCAAAUCACCGUUAAAGAGCAAAUAACAGACAUAUUGAACGAUCCCAGGCAAGUUGAGAGACCAAGCGCUGAAGGAAUGGAAUAUAAAGAAAUUGAAAGAAAAGAAAAAAGAAAUUUUUCGUCUUUCGAACAACUACUAAACUCCCCGAUCGAUUCGAGGCCCCCAAGUGAAAUAUUCGAAUAUGAAGAUGAAGGAAUACUAAAGACAAAAUUAACAACAUCGCAAAAGAAAGUGGAACAUCUUAGCGAGCUUUUGAAUGAGAGCGAAGCGACUUCUGCCAGACUUUCUGAGCAAACUAGAUUCUUAAAAGAAGAAAUUCGUCGAUUAGAAAGAAAUCAAGAACGCGAAAAUUCCGUCUCAAAUAUGGAAUAUUUAAAGAACAUUAUUUUUAAGUUUGUAACAAUUAAAAAUGGUGAUGAAAGACAGCAAUUGGUCCCUGUUUUACAUACCAUGUUAAAGUUGAGCGUAGAUGAGAAAAAUCUACUAAAUAAAGUCGCAUCGGGUUCAGAAACUGAAUCUAAAGCUGCCGCAGAUACUGCUUGGAGUGGAUACUUCCAUAGAUGGACUGGAUAUUCUUAA